UCAUCUGUUUCCGGCCUAUCUAGUUCUUGGGUAUUCACUAGAUUUUCCUAUUGGAGACUGAUUCUGCUCUAGGGUUAGUGUUGUCUCUAACUCCAGUACACUGAUUUUUAAGACCCGUGGGUUUCUAUUCGGGGUUUAGCGGCCCUACUGAUUGAAUUUUGUUUUCAGACUUCUGGACUCAUUUGGUAAUUCAAACUUUUUGCAUUCUUUACCUUCCAAUUUUUCUUCUUUUGCUUCUAACAAAUCUUUCGGGCUGAUGGGUCUCCUCUGCGUUUUGGGCCCAGAAUUUUCCCAGAAAUCCAAUUCCUAUUGUGGAGCAAAUCACCAUUGAAUUCCUCUCCUCCUGUAUUUUGAUUAUUCAGUGAGGUGGUUUUGGUUGAUUCUCUUCUCUUACCUCUGCUCUGACAUAUCUGCUCCCUGCACUUGCAUCCAUGGAACUGUUAUUAUAUAGUUCUUGCAGUGCACAAUUUCUGUUUGCCAAUUAACCAGUAGAUAUAUCUUCCCCAGUAAUAAUUCAGAUCCAAAUUCCAAGAUCUGUUAUAGAAAAUCAGGAUUUCUUUUGCAUCUAUAUAGAACACCUCCCUGAAAGGACAAAACGAUAGUGGUAGAAAUUAAAAGGAAAGCUUUCAUUCAGCUUCUUUGCAUUCACUUGUGAUUUUGGGGAUUGGCUCUGGUGUAGAUUUCCCGUAAUCUGGUAGAUUUCCUUCUUUGUGUCUCCUUCCAAGCUAUCUCCCUGUGGAUGAAACCCUUCUGGGCAGAUUUGAACAAGGCUAGAUGACCACAGAUGAGACGGGCAGUAGCUCCUUGUGGAGUUGGGAGCAGGAGAAGGCGUUCGAGAAUGCCCUGGCAAUUAAUCCUGAGGACUCCAAUGAUCGGUGGGAGAAUAUUGCAGCGGCUGUACCAGGGAAAUCCCUAGCAGAGAUCAAACAUCAUUUUGAGCUUUUAGUUGAAGAUAUUAAAGGGAUUGAAUCUGGCUGUAUUCCUCUGCCUCCCUAUGCUUCUUCUUCAGAGGGUUCAACAGACCAGGCAGCCGAGGCUGGGUCUGGUAAAAAGGGAAACCAAUAUGGUCAAUAUCAGAAUGAAUCUAAUCAAGGAGGGAAGGCAUCGAGGUCCGAUCAAGAACGACGCAAGGGAAUAGCUUGGACAGAGGAAGAGCACAGAUUAUUUCUUCUUGGGUUGGACAAAUAUGGAAAAGGCGAUUGGCGGAGUAUAUCUCGAAACUUUGUGGUGUCGAGAACACCUACUCAGGUGGCCAGUCAUGCACAAAAAUAUUUUAUUCGCCUAAACUCAAUGAACAAAGAUAGGAGAAGAUCAAGUAUCCAUGAUAUUACAAGUGUGGGGAAUGGAGAAGUAUCAGCGCCUCAAGGUCCAAUCACUGGUCAAACAAAUGGGUCUAGUGCAGGAGCCUCAGAUAAAUCCUCCAAAAUACCACAUCAGGCCCCAGCUGGUGCCCCUGGAGUUGGUGUAUAUGGUACUACCAUAGGCCAACCGGUUGGAGGACCCCUCGUUUCAGCAGUUGGCACUCCUGUAAAUUUUGCUGGCCCUCCUCAUGUGGCAUAUGGUGUGCGGCCUCCAAUUCCUGGACCUGUUGUUCCUGGUGCUCCAUUGAACAUGGCUCCCAUGACAUACCCAAUGCCACAUCCAUCUGCACAUAGGUGAUUGCAUUUUUUAUCCCUAAUGUAAAACAAAAAUAGAAUAGACAGCUUGUGAUGGGCCACUUAGGGAAGAAUGGGUAACCUAAGUUUCAAGCAAAGGUUAUCUAGACUUAGGAAUGAGUUUUGCCAAUUCUUAUUGUGUUGAAAUAAGCCAUAGGAAAAGGAAUUAUAUGUACAUUUAUAGGCAAAAAUGUGGAAGUAAGCAGGAGCUUUAGUGGGUAGAGGAGGUUCCUACUGUUUCUCUUGUUUAUUACCAUUAGUAUUAGUGUUAGGUCCUAAGGCAAAGAGGUGUAAAACACUUGAUAAUUCAUAUUGAGACAUUCCAGUGGUGUAAGAGCACAUAUUGUGCCAUGCUUUGCAAA